GUCAUCUAAUUUUCUUGUCACCCCUCUAGCAUACAUCUCGAUGGAAUAUCCCUACACACACCCAUGUACCGGUAAAGGUAUACACACACUCACUGAGCCCACGUACUGUGCUGUACACCCACUUGUAUGCAGUAACGUCGUAAUCAGCAGUGUAAACGUUGACUAACGUGGGAGGACAUGUAGUGACGACUCGUAUCUGUUCUUCCACACCCCACACAGGUGUCCCACACGCAGGUGUCCUAGCGACGGACAGGUAACCCUGUACUACACACCUGCAGAGGACUGCUGCUUUCCAAACGGCAUGUGACAUCACAAUUACCGUGUGAUCCACUGGUUUUGUCUAGGUUGUGCAGGUGGUCCCGCCGACGACGAUGCCGACGCUGCGGGUGUGGGUGGACGGGGAGGAGAGGACCGUGUCGGGGAUCUCCAAACGGACGACAUGCGGGGACGUGGUGAAGGCGAUGAUGGCAGAGUACGGCCUGGUGGAGAACGGUCACUCCUACAUGUUAUUUGAAAGAUGGCGGGACUGUGAGAGGACGUUGCCCGUGGACUGUAGGAUCAUGCGCGUGUGGAAGGCCUGGGGCUCGGAGCAGGAGAACGUCAAGUUCAGCCUCAGAAAGUACCGGCCGACCAAGGCAGCCGCGUUCGAAGCGCUCCACAUGAACAAGGUAAAGAGGUCACAUUCAGUCAGUAAGAAGGAGAAGCACAAGAGCCUUCGGCACGCCAAGCGAACACACACGGCGAAGACAGCCGACGUCAGGCCGAAGGCAACCGAACAACAACCCUCGACGGAAAAGACAUUCGGAACUCUUGAAGAGUUGGUCCAGAUAGUCGUGAAGCAACAGAACAAGAUAGAAGAGCAGCUGAGGCGCAUUCAAGCCACCGACAGUGAAAUAGAGAGGCUGGAGACGAGGAUCCACAUGGCUCGGGUAAAAUUGAAUGGGACAAACUACGUACAGGACACGUAUCUGGCAGGUCUGGAGGACAGCGACUUGUCGGACGCUAGCAGCCACUCGGAAAGGGCCGAGGAGUUAGAAAGGCUCAUGCUGGCCUACAUACAUACGUGCGAGGAUAUAUUCCGAUUACAGGAACAUAUAUCACUCGAGGAGACCAGAAUCGAAGACUUGUCUAUGGUAAUCCAAGACGAGCUGAGCUUUCUCGAAACAAACGAUGGUGAAACGAGAGCUCCGGACUGGGGCAAGGACUCAAUGGGCCAGGACGAGCCUAAACAUACCGCUGACCCGUCGGAAUGCAAGCCAGACCACUUACUCCAGGAGGUCAUCCGGCAAACGUGCACUCUAGAAUCCAAUAUCGACUUGACACAACACCAGAGGGAAGAAAUGAGGUUCCUCGAUAGAGAGCUGUCUCUGAGAGACAAACUCAUCCGCGCCAAGCACAGCUUGGUCCAGGAGUUGUACAAAGAACUGGAAGAGUUGGAAGCAGAAGACGGGGAAACGCACGGUAGCACGGCGCCAAAACAAGACUUGGACGCUAUUCCCGAAUCCAAAGAGCUAGACUUGGUGGAAGCAAACACUUUGAUUCCGCAGCAAGGGAAAGGGGACUCCUCUCCGAAGGGGUCGACUGGCAGUUACGAAAACGACUCCGAUACGGGACUAAGUUCUCUACACAGUCAGGACGACGUGGUAACUGUUGUAGAAACUCUGGUUUGAAGGGAGUAUACUGUACAGGUGGCUAUCAGUGUUAUGUUACGAGUACUACUGUAUAUAGAUAUGACAUAUAUCAUCAUAUUAUACAUGCGCAAUCAUAACAAAUUCUUUAUGGUAAUCCCAUGUAACAAUUUUAUUAUUGGUCAGUAUGUAACGGUCAUGUAUGCAAAUGUCUGUAUAUGCAAAAUACCGCUAGUGUGGUCGUUUUGUGUUGCUAAAGUUGUUGUUUGGUGUACUGUACCAGUACCCGAAGAAAUAACUUUUUAAACGCAGCCUCCACUCCAAAGAUCAAUUAUUUUAUGUUUUCUAAGUAAGUAUUUGUCUUAAUCGCUGUACGUUGUUUUUUUGUCAGAGGUGGUUUUAAAGUAGUACUGCAUUAUCAUAACCAACGGAACCUCAUUAUCAUUGUUAGCAUGGACUAGGAAGAAUUGUAGAGAAAAUGAGAAAGCUUAGAGAGAAAAUAGGUAGACGGAGAAAUGCUUCAUCAACAAUAUGUUUACAUAGAGCCCCUCUACAUCCCCUGUUCAGCCGUCCCUAACUUGGGUGUCUUUGACCGCAAUGUUUACGUUAGCACUGGAUAAAGAUAUAACCAAUUAAAGAUUAUUUAGUCUACCACUUUCAACCACUGUUUUAUGUUUUGGAUUUAGUUUCCUGUU